AUGUCCCUGCUGCCGCCGGAUACAGAUCUCGCGGACUACUCCCGCAUCCGCGUUCUCCUCCUGCCGACCGACGGCACGCCGCCGGAAGUCUUUGCGCGAGAGGCCUCGGCCCUCAUCGCGGCCUUCUCCUCUGUCUCGCUCUCUUCCCUUCCGCUGUCGCCCCACGACCCGUAUCUCCAGCCCUUUGUCUCCGGCGUCGCCUCGGGUGCCUCCCAGUCGGCUUCGGCCCGCGGAAAAGACGGAAGAGGCCCCGCGGUGCCCGGCAGCCGCGGCGGCGCGUGUGGAUCGCCAUCGCAGCAACUCGCCGCCGCCGCCUCGUGCAUCCACUGCACUUUCCAAACGCCGCAGUAUGUCCUCAGCGAGUGGGCCGAUCUGCACAUGCAUCGGCAGAUCCUGGCAGCCAUCGCGAUCUCGGCCUCGCCCUUCCCCGCCUACGAGGCAGCGGCUGCGGCCGCAGCGAGCGCCGCGGAGACAGAAGAUACAGAAGGCGGCGACGCGCAGCAUGGAGACGCCGAGGCGGGAGAGGGUGAAGGCGCGGAGGGCGGCGAGCGGCAGGCUCGUUGCAGGAAGUCCGGAGCCGUCGGGGACACCGGCGCUGGGCGGAGUCCCAGGAAGCCGCAGGACGCGAAGAAAGAAGCGCGGUUGCGAGCUGCGAAGGCCGCCGCACAUGCAGCCGUGGCGGCUGUGCGGCGAGAAUACGACGUUUUCCGCAAAGUGCUCGAAGAGGACUACCCCUCAGUCCUGGUUCACCGCUUGUUUGUCGUGCCGCACGGAGACUCCGUGGCGUCUCAGCUCUCGUCGCCUGGUUGGACAGAGGGACAGGAAGGCGAGGAGGGUGGACUGGGUACCCAGACGCCGGGGGAGAACCUCGGCGAGAGCGGCGCUGCGUACGGAUCUUCCUUUCCUUUCUCUUCGCCCUUUGUGUCCUCUGUGCCUCCGCAGCCGUGCGACGAACACAUUGUCUACUUCCCUCCGCCCGUCUCGGGCUCGCACCCUGUUCUCUCCACUAUCUCCUCUCCCUCGCUCUUCACAGCGGCGAAAGAGGACUUCUUCCUCUGUCUGCUGAAACAACUGGGCGCCCUCACUCUCCGGGCUCCCGACCGCUGUCCCCCGUUGCUGACCCCCCUCGACAGUCCCCUCCACCCGGAAGGCGGGUCGUGGAGCGCAGGAGGGCUUCUCUCUCUUUCGACAAGCUGCUCGGCCUCGGUGGCUUCAUCUUCGCCGAGAGGCGUCAGCGGGGCUGGGGCGCCGCCCGCUUCAGCCUUUCAGACGGCUGGUGCCCAGCAGGCCGUGCAGCCCCUACCCCUUUCCGGGGCGUCUGCGCAGUUGCUUUCUCCCGCCGCCUCACCAAGAAGAUCUCCGUUUCCUCUCGGCGCGUCGUCUGCCUCCGCCGCCCUCCUCCGCCUCUUGCCUGCGCGGCUCCAGAAGCAAGUGGGAGACGUCCUCCUUCUGGGCGGCGCCCCCGCGUCGGCCGCCGCGCUGUAUGUACAGGCCGCGGAGGCAUGUCGCGUCCAGGGCGACACUGUCUGGCAGGCAGCGGCUCUCGAGGGCCAGGCCGCAGCGCUUUACGCCUUCCUCCGGAGUGCGCUGUUUCAACUCGAGGCGUACGGCAAGACCCCACCGCAAUCCGCCCACGGCGACCGAGAUUCGGGACCGAGAGGCGCAGACGACGGGGCGCCGAACGCGCGGUCGCGCGGCCAGAACGGCUCGGCUCCCGCCCCGCCGGAUGACGCAUCGGGCACGGAGACCGUGACGGGCGGCAGUGCGAGCGUCCACGGCGGUGGAGGCGCCGGCGGCUCGUGGGGCGGGGCCUCGGGGGGUCAAGACUCCUCCGGGUCCGUGUCGUCCGGCGCCAAAACGUCGUGGUGGAACUUUGACGCGGGGACAGGACACAGCGAUGGAGACGCCCACUCGCCCGCCUCAGAAGCUCUCAUUUCGUUCCCACCUGCCAUCGAGGCGAUCCUCACACAGUGUAUCAGCCGCCGGACUCAUGCCGCGACGGCCUCGUCCGUAGGCGGGAGCCUGGGGACCGCCGGCGUCGGGCUGGUCGGCGCCGGCGGUCUCCCGUUCCCCUCCUUCCUGCCGGGGGGCGGAGGCGGCAGCAGCGCAGCGGUGAAUUCCAGAGAUGAGAAAGGCGUCUCCUCAUCGGGAGCGCACUUCUAUUUCUCAGCUGCUCAGAGCGGCGCGGCCUCAGCCGGCGCAGCGCCGCCCGGGGCUUCCGCCCUCGGAAACGCCGACCGGGGCGGCGGGAGUUCAGGAGCAAGCGGCGACAGCCACAGCGGGACCAGUGCGAGCGCCUGGUCGAUCAAAACCGUGUACAGCGCGCGGAACCCGAGCGGCGGGGCGACGCCUGGUCCGGCGGGGCAGGACGGCGGCGCCGCAGGCCCGAACGGCCAUCGCGACGCUGAGGGCUCGAGAGUGAAGUCGGAGGAGACGCGGGGCGCGCCGCCUGCGGACUGCGACGGUGGUCAGCACGUGAGCGAGGGAGCGCUCGCGGCUCGGAAGCCUCGCUGGGGCGGAGACGAGGACCGGCUUCUGGACGAGGCCGACGGGUUCUUCCCGCAGGGGCUCUUGGCCUCGCCACAGCUCGUCUCGGCGACUGCGGCUCUCAUUCAGUCCGCCUACGAAGCGGCGUGCCUAAAGUUGCGAGACGCCGCCCAGCUGUACAACUGCCAUCCGGGAUGCGCGCUGUGGAACGCGUCGACGACCUUGCUCCUCUGUCGCCUGGUGGCCCGUUUCGGGACCAAGACCGAGACUCUGCAGCUGAUCAGCAGCGCCGCGGAGAAAGCGAAGCGGCUCGAGGUCCAGGACUUUGUCACCUGCUUGGCGUCGCUCGCCGCGCUCUGCAGCUCGAUUGGCGCCUUCCGCAAACUCGCCUUUCUUCUCCAUCGGGUCUGCAUGGCUCUUCUGGAAGCCAAGAAAUGGAGUGCCGCCCACUACGCCGCUGCCCUCACCGCGCCCUGGUACCACCUUGCUCUGCUCGAGUUGCCGCCCACCGACCACGUGCACCCGCUCGCAGUGCCGAACGCCAAACCUGCGCUUCUCGCGGCGGUCUCGCUCCCGCCGACCGCGCCGCUCCUGUCGCUCAACUCCCAACUCGUGACUCUCCGGGGAGGAGGCCUGACGAGGCAGUCGACUGCCGUGUCCCUCGCCAACAUUGUCGACGCGCUGCGGCGAGAGCGGCAGCGAGAGUGGAGACUGCGUGAGCUAGCAGACGGGGACACCGCUCUGCGAGAGGACGCCGACGGCAGAAGGCGCGAUCCAGGGGCCGAGGCGCAGUUUUCUGGCGAAGCGGAGGCUGAACAGAGACAGCGAGCAAAGACCGAGGCCGACGGGAAAGCCUCCCGACCCGGGAUCGUCGACUGGGAUCUCCUGGCAGACGUCUCCCUGGCCUCUGCCAUGGACUCGCCGAUGUUUGCACACUCGGCUUCAUCGCGAUUCACUCUCCCCUCGUCUUCAGCCGGAAAGCCGUCGCUGCUGUCGUCUGCGGUCGCUGCGUUGGGCGUGCGGAGCAAAACUCCCUCUGGCCUUCCGGCGCCCGAACUCAGCUGGGCUGGCCGGCAGACCGCCAGCCCAGCUGAGUUCGGGCGCCGUGACCCCCGCCUCUCGGCGUUCGCGCUUUCCCCGGAAGACUUCAACUUUGCGAUCACGCUGCUGCGCCUCCGACAGACGCUGCGUCAGCAGCACUUCACCCCGGGCUCCGUGAGUGGCUCCUCGCCGUGGUGCUAUGCAUCUCCGCCGCCGCUGCCCUCGCGCGCUGGCCCGCUCGAUCGUCCCUUCUUCUACCCGCCUCGCCCUCCGUUCCCUGUCAGCUCGCCGGCGUCUCUCGACUUCCUCGGCCAGCACCAGCGCCGGGUGCGAUUCACCGAAGGCGGGAGUAGCUUGGCCGGCGCUUCCCCCAGUCUCUCCUUCGCCGGCGGCGCCCUCUUCCUCCCCACUUCGCCCGUCUCCGCGGCGCUCGGCGACGGCGGCCUGCGGGUCUGGUGGCCAGCCGUCCAGUCGCGCGUUCUCCACAUGCUAAAAAUCACCACCGAGCACCUCGGAGAGCCGGGGAAAGUCGCCUGGUACGCAUGCGCGGCCCUCAAGAUUUUGUACCCCGUCCUCGACCAAAAAACCCAAGCCAGCACCAUCAUGCUGAUUCAGGCUGCCGCGGGCCGGCGAGCGACGCCUCUGGCCCUUCCACCCGCACUCACGAUUGUGUCGAAGCGCGCCUCUCCGUCGCCCGCGAAGCUGCUGCUGGAGGCGCAGAGAAACGCGACUGCGCGCUCGGCUUCUCGCAAGCGCGCCGGCGGGGACGGGGCGGCCGGCGGGGUGGGGCCCUCGGCGGGGACAGCUGGGGCGGGUCGGGGCGCGGGCGCGUUGGGCUCCAGCGGCCGGAGCAGCCACGACGAGCAGUUGCAUUUCCUCGGCGGCAUGUGCAAGGGCGCCGCGCCGCCGCUGCCUCUAUUGGCACGAAUCCACCCCGUGGUGGAUGCGUCUGUCUGCCUCAGCAAGGAAUAUUCCGAAACGGAAGAGGCCGUUUCCAAGGCCAGUUUCGCGUCGCCCGUUCCUCCGGAGAGCGAGCGAGGACGCACCGACGCCACACGCGCAGCUGGCCCACGCGCUCGGUCCGAAAGUCCCGCCGGUGGGGCGAAGCGAAUGGCAAGCUCUGAGAGACAGGGGCAACAGGGCGACGCGGAGAAGAAAGAGAAAAAGACCGUGCUCAUGUACAACCCCUUUUCGCAGAAGCAAGAAGGCGGCGCAUGCACGCGAGGACAGGGAGGUGGGCGCGAGGAAGAACUGCCGGUCGCGGGGCAGUGGGUCAAGGGGGAACUGCGAACCGUGCAAGUCUCCGUGCGGAAUCCCCUGGGCGUUGAGCUCGUGCUCGACAAGGCGAAAGUGAUGACGUGCGGCGCGCAUGCAGAAGUUUACCCCGUCACCGUUCUUGUGCCGCCGUCCGCCUCGCAUCAGGUCACCUUCGAGGUGACCGUGCUGCCGAAGGAAGAGGGCCGGCUCUUCUUCACCGGCCUCACGUACACAUUGAACAAACUGCAGUGUACGCAGCUUCUUCUCCACCAGAGUCCACGACUCCUCGCACUCUUGGAUUCAACCAAGGCAAAGGCACCGGAACCACCCGCGUGGAAACAUCUCGAAAACAACAAAGACGGCCAUGGCACGGCGAACAAAGUGGAGACACCCGUCGACGAGGAGGAAACGCUUUUGCAGGCUGCUGAAAAGGCCGUGGGACUACUCAAAUUCAGCGCGGCGGCGAGCGUCCAUGUGGUGGCCGAACUCCCGUUGUUGCGAGUGUCUGUUGAGGCGUACACAGCGCCUUCAUCUCCUCAGUCUCGGUUGUUUUCUGCGCGCAAACGCGCCUUGACUUCCUACGGGUCUUCUGCUUUCCCGUCCGGGUCGCCGCAGGUUUUCGAGAACCCCACGAGUCGCACGUUCUUCACGCAAGGCCUCGGCGCCCUCCCGACCGCGGCAGAUCCUCGUGGAGCCCCCGAGGGGACCGGUGAGGCGCCGUGUCUCCCCGGCUCUGGCGAUACCUGGCCUUCGACCGCGCCGCUAGGUGCGACCGCGCUCGGCGGCGGCCUUAGGGCGAGCGGCGGGUCCUCUGGAGGCGUAGAGAACGGGGCCUGGGAGGCCGAAAGAGAGCCCCAGGACGCGGGUCGGCUCUUUGGAUCCGAGCGACGGGCAGAGCGCGACGACGCGGUGUCCGAUCUAGACAGCCGAGCGCGUUUCUUCCCCGAUUCCUUGACGCUCAUGAACUUCUCCAAGUCGCCGACGAAGUCGCUGUGGCGAUCAGGCACGGGCGGCUUCGGCCGCCCUCGCAAGCUGGGCCUUCCGUGGACGAAGCGUUCCUCGUCGAGCAGCCUCGAGCACACGUGGAGUGGAGACACACAGGAUGACAGACAGGAUUACCAUCGAAAACUCAGCCCUACAGCGGAUGGCCCGCGGGGCCUGCGUUCUGUGCCAGAGAGCUCGGACGACGAGGACGUGGACUCGGAGCCGACGGUCGAGGGCGCCGACUCGGCCCCGCUCUUUUCUUCGAGCGACGAGGACGUGGAGCUGGCCAGGCUCCUCUUCCCGCGUCGGCGCAGCAUGUGGAACGGCCCCGACGGGGCGCUGGGUGUCUCUGCUCGCCAGGAGGCGUUCUCGGAGUUCUCGCCGGGGUUCGGGGACGCGUGGGCCUUCUCGCGCCGUUUCGGUCGCGGGGAGACUGGGGGCUUCGAGGAGCGGUUUCUCAGCCGCCGCUCGCAAAGUGAGCUCUACCACGGGGCCCCGUCGCUCCAACUGGAGUCCGGCGGGUUUCGGGGCGCGAACAGGGCGGGGCGGCGGCGGGGCUUCAUCGGGCCCAGUGGCGAGGCCUGUGCCUUCUCUCCAGAGGAUAGAGAGUUUGGUUCGCGCUCCUGGACACUCGGGAAGCCCCGCGAAGGCCUCCAGGGAAACAGUCACUUUUACCAGGGUGGAGACGUUCGCGGAUUCUCGGCGGGCGCGUCGACGCCGCUGUACACCGGCGACCCGCGACACUCGCCGGUGUGGGAAGGCCAACACCGGCUGCUCGCGCUGCACAUGGAAAACGUGGGUCGGGCGCCUGUGCGCGACCUCCGCUUCGAGCUGCUGACGCCCGAGGGCGAGGCCCCCACGGCCGAGAAGGCGGCGGCGAUGCGGAGACACUUCCAGGUGCUCUGGCACCCUGCAUGCGAGCCCUCGGGGCUGGGACCGGCCGGGACAGUCAUCUACUCCGAGGACGCAGUCGCGGAGGCUCUCGGCGCGGCGUGGCCGGGGGGCAGACGGGGCGAGGACGGAGAAGAGGGCGGACCGGGGCUAGGCGCGGGCGGCCAGAGUGAGUGCGCCAAGCGCACCCUCGAGAAGGAGACCGCGGCGCAGAGAAACGAAACAGAGAAAGAAGAGGGGGAAGGAGGCUGUGGACGCCGAGGCGGAACCGGAGAAGAAAGGGAGGUCGGAGGCGACGGACGUGACUUGAUCGCUCCGGGCCAAAAGAUCCGAAUUUGUCUGAGAUGCAUUGCCAGCUCAGAGUACAGCUCCUGCAUCAUCCGGAUUGUGUACUCAUGCCGAUCGGGAAGCCGGUAUCAUCGGCAAGUCCUCCAGCCCCUCUCGCUUCGCGUGCAGAACGGUCUGCAGCUUCGUCCAAACGGCGUGAAUAUUUUCCCUCUGGUGUUCUUCUCUCACUUGUCCGUCCUGAAGACCUACGCGGCCUUUCCCGCCCUCUUCGCGCCCGACGGCGCGUGCUUCUUCCCUCUUCUUCUCUCGCCCUCACCCCACUUUCCUCCCCACAGUCCUCGCGCCUCGCCCUUUGUCUCCGGACCGCCCUGCGGGCUCCCGGACCCCUCGCAGCCGACCCCUCUGCACUGCGCGCCCGCGUCUCCGCGCCCUUGGGGAGCGCACCUUGGCCAGGGCGAUAAAGGCAGCCUCGAGACAGCUGACACGGUGCAAUGGGGCGUUUCCGCGCCUGCGCUGCCCGAGAUCGGGCUGCGACGGCGGCGCCCCUCCCCGGGUCUGGGAGCGCCCUUGUCGCCUUUCGCUUUUGACGCCGCUUCAGAUCGGCCCCUCACCCACCGCUUUGACCACAAAAGCUGCUUGGUGUGCCUCGACCUACAGAACUUCGCAAACGUGGCCUUUGAGUGUUUCACCGACCCGCAGAGUCGCCCAUUGGGCGUGCAGCGGAGGGACGUCUCUGUCUGUUGCGUCUCGCCGAACGAGUCGCAGUGCCGAUGGGCACUGUGGGUGCGGCGGCCGCGUUUGACGCAGGCGACGGUUCAGGAGGCCGCGAAGGUGCUUGAGGAACUCGACAAAGAGCUAAACAUCCACUGGCGAUGCUUCCCCUCGCAGGAGGGGACACUGCAGCUGUUGCCCCUCCUGCGACGCGCGGCGGCGAUACCCGGCAGCCGCACGAGCGUCUCUCCCGACAGGCCUUCCGGCGGAGCUUUGGCCCCUCUGUCGCCGACGAAGAGACAGUCUUCUUUCCCUGGGCGGGCCGAGUCAACUGAGAAGAAGGGCCGAGAGGGAAGAGGCGGGCGGGAGCUCGGCGGCAGUUCGGGCAAAGACGCUGCCGAUGGCGGGGCGUUGAGCGGUCGCGACAGAGACGGACGAGGAAGACGCAGUCCGGACGAAGACGGACAGGAUGGAGAGGGAAAAGAAGACGAUGGCCAACUUGUACGCCCUGUGCAACUGCCCCACUUCAACGCCCCGGAGCUCCUCAUUCGGCCGCGGAUUGUCGGCUGUUCUGAAGCCUCCGCGCCUCAGCGGACGUUCUCUGUGGGGCGCCGCCCCCCGAGGGCUGCGCAGGCUCAGGGGCCAGCCGCCCCCGGGCAACGCGCACGCACGAGCGUCGACUCCGGAAGCGCCUCCUCAGGCCGCACGAGCGUCGACGAAGCCUUCUCCUCUCUACAGGCCAGCUUCCUGUGUCAGCCCGUCAAUGAGGGCCCGCUGUUUGGGCUCCAGGCCCCGUCCGCGACCGCGGUCGGAAGCGGGCCCGACGCGCAAGAGGGGCGCUGGGAAGGCGAAGGCCUCCAGGCGGACGAGCGAGUCGAGAGGGAGAGAGAAAGCGGAGCCGCAGGCCCGUACCCUGCGGAAGGGCGGAUGUGCACUCUCCUCCGGCCUUCCGCGCCCCGACCAAUUCGCCUGGGCCCCGACUGCUAUAAAAUUCCCCUCCAUGAGCCGGUGACACUGCAAGUGUUCGUGGAGAACAGACACGCGAGGGCACUGUCCAACUGCGUGGUUUUGGUCAUCCCCUUCGUGCAAGGCAGCAGGCGCAUCCCCGACGGGUUGCUGUGGUCGGGCUGUCUCAGCCGGGAGGUGCUGGAGCCGCUGCCGACAGCGCGCGCUCAGCGUUUGCAUCUCCGUCGCCUGUUUCUUGCUCAGAAAGAGCAGUGGGAGGCGAGCAGAAAGCCUUGGAGCGCGGCAUCGGGCGUUCCGGCGGCGAGACGAGGCAGCGCGUCGUCUGAGUUCAACUCCGCGAGACGCCCAGACGUAGACUCGGGAACGCGAGAAACGCCUGGCGAGGAAAAAAGGGACAGGCGCGACGGCUCCGGCGAAACGGCCGAGAAGGCGACAGGUGCGGGGGGGGAAGCUGCUGUGGGCUCCGACGGCGCGUUAGGGCGAGGUUUUUCAACAGACGAGGAAGCAAGAGGAGAGCCGGAGUCGAAGAAGUCUGCCGGGAGGGCCGAGACGCAGAAGGGAGACGGACAGGCAGACACAGAAGAGAGGCAAGAGGCAGGUGGAGACACUGGAGGCGCGGGCGAUGCGAGAGGGGGGGGCGGAGCGCCGGCACGGUGCACGGGGGAUCUCUCCGUGCACCAGGAAGGCACUGAGGAGAGCGACGUUCCUGAAGACUUCUUUGCCCUCGAAGGUCUCCACAGACUGGAGAGACGCGGCGCAGUUCUCGCACAUCGCGUGACGCUCAUGGCGUGCGUCCCUGGAUUGUUCAACGUUGCAGUCGCCGUCCUGGUCAAACCGGACAACGUGAUUUGGUGGCACUACCAGCCGCUCAGACUCAUCGCGUGA